UGCGUAAAUGGAAAGCUUUUACGCGCCACACGUUCACUCCAAAAAAAGAGGUUUAAAUGCAGUUCUGUGCCUGUCCCACGCCUGGCUCGGUGCUUAAGUAAGCCCCCCGGCAACUGGGGAUGUGCUGUGGAGAUGCAGGGAUGCGCUAAUACCUCUCUACAACACGAUACGUUGGUGGUGGGAGGUGGGGGUUAAAAGCAAGGCGUGCGUCCGGACGCUCGCCACCAGCUGAAGACAACACACACAAUUAUAUCUCCCUCAUCAAUAACAACAUUUAGAGUCCGGAUUCUUAAUUAAAUAAGGUUCUUCAACUGUUUUGCGUUUUAUGAAUUUAUAACAUCUAAUCUGAUGACCCCCCAAUGGACAAAAUCUAAGGGAAGACUCUCCAGCAUCCCCGUCUUCAGCACAAACAAUAGGACUUGGACAUCAUUCUUCUCACAUUUCAAAGAUGGCUAUCAACACUGAUGCUGCCUUUGGGAAAAGCGGACUUGGGGAGAGGGAAGUGUCCAACCCCAGCGACUUCCAGGACACGGAGAAGCUGCUGAGCUCCGGCGGCGGGGGCAGCGCCGGCACCGAGCCGAGCGGCCAGAGCAACAACCUGAAGCCCUGCGACUCCUUCUCGCUGACGCUGCGCGGCAGCGUGCGCUCCCUGGACGCGGACCUGAACGGCCACCGCUCCCCGCUCAAGUCCGGCUCCGUGGGCCAGCUGGCCACCCCGCCCCGGUCCUCGUCCCGGGUCAGCCUGGGCCAGCUGCCGUCCCCGGUGCCGCGCGGCUCCGCGCCCCCCAGCUACCUGUGGCUGGCCGUGCUGUCCUGCUUCUGCCCGGCCGCGCCGCUCAACAUGUGCGCGCUCUGGUACGCCAACGUGUCGAGGACUGUUCUCCACACUGGAGAUAUUGAUGGAGCAAAGAAAUACGGCCGUCUCUCUAUGAUGCUUAGUGUUCUGGCAAUGUUGCUGGGUGUGGCUGUGAUCAUCUUCAUAGUGUUCACAUUAGAGACCGCAAAGUGAAGUGUGGGAUGGAGAGAGUCUCCUUUAACUUCAUCGGAUCUGGAAUUUGCACAGAAGAAAAGAGGAUGGUGUCAUUUUGAAGAUGAAAAAGCACAAAUAUGAGUCGAAAACUGGCUGAAGAGACUCCAAUGAACAACUUCUUUUUUUCCUGCAAUGUACUUAAAAAAAAGAAAAAGAAAAAAGGAAUGAAAGUACAAAUCAUUUAUCUUUUUUUUAUCUUUAUGUCCACUAACCUCCACAAACUCAGGAAUCAAGAGAAAAGGAAGGAUGCUCCCAGUUACCGUGUGGGACUGUCGGGUUAAGACAGUUUGUGGAAAAAGAGCAAACGGCUCACAGAUCAAGUCACACGUAAUGAGUUCACCAAGUGAAUCCCUCAAACAACCACUGAAAAGAAAGCUCUUAAUUCUGAAUUUAAAAUAACAAUCAUUGUUAAAAAAGAAACAACUGUAUGAUGUGUAAGACACACCAGAGUCCUCCAGCCUGCAACGCCCCCGCCGCCUGUUUCUCCUGAUAUUUGCAGUGAAGACCUUCCCUUGUUUCACACUGGACUUCCACGGCUAUGAGAAGAUGUAUACGCUCUUUUCAUACACUGUUUACACGACGUUUAACACAUAUUUAUUACAACAAUGCCUUUCUGCAGUCAUUGUGUCGUAUCCUGCUUCGCGCGCUAACAUGAUAAACUGUACUGAUUCCUCUUUGGACUCCAAACCUUGUUAUGUUUACAAUAUACUGCAACUGAUGAAGGGGGCUGUUCCCCGUGUAUGCACUGAUCUUGCCACUCCGAUGUUCAUGUUUAUACAUUUAUACUGUAUGACUGGUUUAUUGUGCCAUAGUUCUGCAUGUCUGAAAUAAACUUGAAUGAGCAUGACCUGCUUGGAAGUGAGCUCGACGCCUCCAUUAGGAAAGGAUAACAUCACCGGAGCGCAAUGUGAGGGAAAUAGUUCCUCCACAACAUACCAAAUACACAAAUUAAACCCUUUUAUUCUUUUAACUGUGAUUUUUCAG